GCACGCAUCGCACUGAAACUUUUUUUUAGUAUAACAGCGAACUCUGACUAUUACUCAAAAAGAUUGGAAAGCUAAUAACGAGGUAGAUAUCUCUGCAUUAAAAACCAAAAACGCAGGAUGAGCUUCAAUCUGGAUGAGAAACAGGAAGACUUGAAGGUCCGUAUUGCUGAACGUGAAAACGGAGAAAAUCACGGAGGAAUAAUUACUACUACUACAGCCACAAAUGAUACUACUACAGCCACAAAUGAUCUCCGAAUAAGACAAGUAUUGAUUGAACACAUUUUGCAACAAAGAUCGUUGCACAAACGCGAAGAGUCCCAAGCUAACAGAACUUUGAUAAUAGGGUCGCCCAGUUGGAUAAAAAAGUUUAAAGAACUCAUUGAAAAUAUUACAAAAAGUUUACAAAUCAAUGAUCUUUCCUUGAUCCUAUUUAAUAACAUCAGAAAGGCUCCAAGUUUGGCUUCACUCGCGGGAAAAGACAUCGUUCUCAUAAAUUACGGUUUGCUAAAAACUAUAAAAAGUUGGUCAGUCUCAUGGGAGCGAAUCAUUUUCCACGAUUUUCCGGAUAAAAACGACAAGAACGACGAACAAUUCCAAGAACUUUGUCAAUUGAAAGCUACGUUUCGCUGGUGCCUCACUGAAAAUCACAAGCAACUCCGUCUGGCAGAAUUUUUUGAUCGCAGAUACAAGCGAGAAACUUCCGAUGCUGAAAAAUUUUUGGAACAAGCCAAUCUGUUCUUGCUGAGCGAUGAAACAAAGUCAAGAAAACUGAAAACUUCUUUGAAAGAUCAUCAAAAAGAUUUCAAGAAAAGCUUGGCUCAACGUGAAAAAGAACCUUUUACUGGAGGAAUCGUAACAAUUCUGAUCAGAGAUAUUCUAAUAAAGGAGACAUUUAUUGCAUUUUUACUGGAUCAAAAGAAUACUAGUGAAGAAGAUGGUCAUUUGAUGGGGAAAACUUUACUGGUUGUGCCAACAACCGAUGCAAUGACAUCUUGGAAGAAACUUCUCGAAAGUCUUUUGGAAAAAGAUGACCUUUCUAUCGACUAUUUUGAUGGAAAUGAAACCAAAAAGCCAGAGAAUAGUUAUGAAGUCCUUAUCACUACUUACGACAUGCUCGAAACAGUUGAAAAUCUGAAAAUUCUAUGGAAACGAAUUAUUUUCGAGGAUAAUUAUUCAGCGAGCGAAAAAGACAGGCAACAAUAUCAAUUACAUUAUUUAUUUCUUUGCCAGUUACAUGCGGAAUAUCGUUGGUGCCUGACGGAAAAUCCCACGCAACACAAAUUGGCUCGUUUUUUGAAUUUUGAAAAAUAUGGUGAAAGUCAUAAUUUGAUAAAAUCGGUUACUUCGGGAAAUGCAAAAGAAGGUGAAAAAGAAGGCAUUGCAGAACUCGUUAAAAACAUGGAACAGUUUUUGAAGCAUGUUACCAUGUUGUUCCCAAGAAGCUCGAAUGAUUAUGAAAAACACAUAACUAAUGCAGAAAAAGAAUUAGAAGAAAACCCGCCCAACAUCCGCAAAUUUUGCAGCAAUCUGUGGGCCGCCAUUGCCUGUUACACCAAAGAAUAUUACUACGGAAAGUUAAAGUUCGAAAUUUGUGCAGAAAGUGAUGAGGAUUUAGAGGAAAUGUAUGCUUCAUUUUGUGCUGGGCUUAGGGGCCCGUCGGAAGCGUCGGAAGCGUCGGAAGCCGUUUUUAUAAUGGAAGUAUGGGUGGAAGUGUAUUGGAACUUCUCAGAAAGUGAGCAAAGUCGGUGUUUCAUUGGAAACACAAAGAUGAAAGAAGUUAUCGAUCAAUUGAAAAAAGCAAUCAAUUUUAUUAAAAUAGCAGAGCCCAAUUCGAUAGAGAAAAGCUACAAUAAAAACAAAGCUGCUAGGCAGCGAAGAACUGCAACUAUGGAAAAUUGAAGAUUAAAUGUUUGUGUGUUAUGAAAUGUGGAAAAUACGAAAGAAGACGAAAAGCAUGUUUAAUAAAUAUUUUUAUCUGUGAACCUUUCUUUCAUUUUUUGAAUGCUAUUUGGAAAGAUUAACUUAUUAAAAUGCAGUAU